GCUGCGGCUUGCAAUGCGCGGCGCCAUGGUCCAGGCAGAUGCCACCAGGCGCGAGUUGGCUCAGCAAGGGAUCCGCAUAAAGCGCCAAGGCCCAGAGUUCGUGACAUGGCUGAGGGACACAAAUCGGUUGGUCACUGCUAGGUCGUGGACCAUAGGAGCACUCUGCGCCACAGCAGUGGAUGCCAGAAACACAGGCCACAGCGUGAACAGGAGCCGAACCCAGCACAAUCGCUCCCUGGCCAUGUUUCUGUACCGCAACGCGCCGGACACGAUCGUCUCAACAGUGGCAAUAUCGUUGAUCGACGAUUACUCUGAUGCGCAAGUGACCAAGGCCACCGAUGGGCCCAAGGCCCUGGCAGACGAGGCAACGACCACAGGCGCCACGGGAACAGAGGCUGGCGCGUGACGCUCCCCUUCUUAAGCACCUGGCUGAGAGGAGCCCGCCCUUCCCAAGGCUGCGCUGCAUGGCACCUUUGGAGAUCAUCUGAAAUCGAUGAACACGCUCCACAACCAGCCGGCGGUGAGAUUUGCGAAUCUCACCACAUCCAAAGGGGCCAAGGUCCUGUCAGCAGUGUUUGCCGCGGCCGAUGCAGUUGAGGCGUUGCCGCCAUCUUCAGUUGGCGUGAUCGCCGAGCUCAGGGCAGCAGUGCUGGAGUACGGGUCAGCCUUGCAGUGUGGGGACCUUUAGUUAUACCCCAGGUGCACCGAGCAGGUACGUUUUCCUGAUCAUCCAGUGUGGAGCUUCGUUGGCAGAGGCCACAACUGGAGAUCCCUCUGCCCCCUGCCUCUUUUUGUUCGCGUUGUUAAAAUUGGGUUUACGGUUUACAUGCUAAACAUUGUGUGCAGCCUUGGAAACAGGCAUUGACACACACACACCAGAGUAGUUCCAAAGGGAUGCCUAGUGGAGGAUAGG